AAGAUGGCGGCGGCUGCGGUUUGAAUUCCAGCGGCGCCUCCGGAGUUCAAACAAGAGCUGCAUUGGAGGGGGCGGAGGCCUGGAGAGUCGGGCGGGUCGCUACCGCUGGGGGGAUCCAGUGGUGCCUCCACCACCCACACUAAUGCCACCACCUCCUCUGUGUCCGUGAUGGACUCAGUGUUGGAAGAGGACGUCACCCUCCCCGGGACGCUCAGUGGCUGCAGUGGCCUCGUUCCCAAGUUACCAGAUGACCUGGAAGGCAUCAGUCUCAUUGCUGGUUUGGGAAAUGGUGUGCUCCCAAAAGUGUCCGAAGAAACAGUGUCUCCCACCAGAGCCCGGAACAUGAAGGACUUUGAAAAUCAAAUCACUGAAUUGAAGAAAGAAAACUUUAACCUGAAGCUUCGCAUCUAUUUCCUGGAGGAGAGAAUGCAACAGGAAUUUGAUGGCCCCACUGAGCACAUCUGUAAAACCAAUAUCGAGCUCAAGGUGGAAGUAGAGAGUCUGAAGCGUGAGCUCCAGGAGAGGGAGCAGCUGCUCGUCAAAGCCUCCAAAGCAGUUGAGAGCCUCGCUGAAGGGGGCGGAUCUGAAGUUCGGCGGGUGAAGGAGGAUGCUCAGAAGAAGGUGAAGCAGGUUGAGGAUCUCCUAACCAAAAGGAUACUCCUUCUAGAAGAGGAUGUGAAAGCUGCCCAAGCAGAACUGAAAAAGGCCUUUGCAGGGACAGAGACGGAGAAGGCUCUGCGGCUAAGCUUGGAAAACAAGCUUUCGGAGAUGAAGAAGGUGCACGAGGGGAACGUGGACGUGGCUCUGGUCCUGGAGGAGAAAGACAGACUGAUUGAGGAGCUGAAGCUGUCUUUGAAGAGCAAAGAAGCUUUAAUUCAGUGCCUUAGAGAGGAGAGAUCUCAGAUGGUGUCUCCUGAUGAGGACGUGUCAUCGGCAGAGCUCCAGGGACUUUCUGCUGCUCUGCGGGAAGAAAAGAAGAGAGAAACCCAGGCUGCACAAAUGGAGUACCAGGCAGAGAGAAAUCGCUUUGAAGAGAGGAUCCAGGCACUUCAGGAGGACCUGAGAGAGAAGGAAAGAGAAAUUGCUACAGAGAAGAAAAAUAGUUUAAAGAGGGAUAAAGCCAUUCAGGGCCUAGCCUUGGCAUUAAAGUCGAAGGAAAAAGAGGUCGAAGAACUAAACUCCGAAAUUGAAGAGCUCAGUGCUGCCUUUGCUAAAGCCCAAGAAGCCCACCAGGAAACACAGACCCAGAAAUUCCAGGGAGAUUAUGAAGCUGCUCUGUCAGAAAAGGCAGCCCUCUUGGCUGCGCUGCACUCAGAGAACCUCACCAAGAGCACAGAGAACCACAGACUGCGUAGGAACGUUAAGAAGGUCACCCAGGAGCUGAGCGACCUGCGGCAGGAGAAGGAGAGGCUAGAGAAGGACCUGCAGGCAGCCCGUCGGGAGAAGAGCAGAGGAGACGGCACCAUCCGUGACCUUAAAAAUGAGGUUGAGAAAUUACGCAAUGAAGUGAAUGAAAGAGAGAAAGCAGUGGAGAAGUCUUACAAGAGUCUGUUGAGUGAAAGUAAUAAAAAAUUACACAGUCAAGAGCAGAUGAUCAAACAUUUAACAGAAAGUAUCGAUCUAAAGGACAAGGACUUGCUUCUUCAGAAAUUCAGUGGAAAAGAUUCAGAAGCAAUGCAGCAAAAUCUUUACUUGACGACUGUGGAGGAUCUCAAAUUCGGGAGCCGAGACUCCAUAACGAAACAGCGCUCUUCUCCGCCGUCGCCGGGCGGCAGAGUCGUCUUCCGCGAGGAAAAGCAACAAUUAGACUAUGAAGAGCUGAUUCAGGUCUUAAAGAAAGAGCAGGACAUCUAUGCCCACCUGGUCAAAUCUCUGCAGGACCCAGACAGUGCCCACAACCUGCAGGCUGAGUUAAACAGCAUCCUGGCCCUGCGGAGGCAGCUGGAGCGGGACGUGCUCGCCUAUCAGAAUUUGAAAAAGACACUGGAGGAGCAGAUCAGCGAAAUUCGGAGGCGGGAAGAAGAACCGUUUUCGUUUUAUAGCGAUCAAACAUCUUAUCUGAGUAUUUGCCUUGAAGACCGCAGUCCGUUUCAAGUGGAGCAUUUUUCUCAAGAAGAACUGAAGAAGAAGGUCAGUGACCUCAUACAACUAGUGAAGGAGCUGUAUACAGACAACCAGCACCUGAAGAAAACCAUUUUUGAUCUCUCCUGCUUGGGCUUCCAGGGGGAUGGCAGGCUUGAGUCAACAGAACAAAUGGAGCUUUCAGCCCGCCAGGAGGACAAGGACACGAUCAGAAUUGGCAAGGAUGACGAGAGUAAUUUCCUGAGUGGCCAGCAUUCGGAGCAGAGUAACAAGAUUGUUCAGGAUGGUUCCAAAGAGGGCUGCAAAAAUGGGUACAUAAGGCACAUGGAUUCCAGUAUUUUAGACCACGGUGGAGCCCACAGGCAUGGCCGUCUUGGAGACCAGAGUCUGGAGGAAGGCGAGCUCGGGAACCUGCUUGCCCCUUUCUUCAGUGAGAAGGCCGCAUUGUUACUGGAAGCCAGGCCCGACCUUCUGAAAGAGCUGCGUGAACUGCUUCUGGGACGAAUAUGCUUGCCAGAGCAGGACGUUUCUGGAGAACACCCUGGUGGGAAAACUGAGAAGACACUUCAGCAGAUGGCUGUUCAGCUAAGAGGCGAACUCGGACAGUUCCUCCAAGCCAACUUGUUUUCCAGGCCCCAUGGUGACCUGAAGUCACCCUGGGGAGCCCAGCUGGUGAAGGCUGCUGAGCCAGCCAAGGUGGAGCUGAAAGAUGUCUCCGUGCAGACCACGGCCGUGGAAGGCGACACGCUCGGAUUCAAGCACGAAGGCAGGAGGGAGGCUUGGGAGGAGACGCGGACGGACGCCGCCUUCAGCACUGAGCACCAGCCCGAGAACCUGGGCGGGCCGCCGGGGCCACAGGCCGCCCCUUCUGCCUUCUUCCAUGGGACUGACCGAGAGGCUAAGAAGUCCCGCUUGCCCGUCCUGAUAAAACCGUCCCAGUCGUUGGGAAGUGUGUGUCGGCUCCCUGACCCACAGGAGGUGGUGGCCCAGCUGCAGGGCCAGAUCUUGGAGUUGCAGGAGGAGCUGAAGGAGCUUAAAACUCACAAUAAGCAACUUCACCAAAAGUUAAUUCUGGCCGAAGCAAUGAUGGAGGAGAGCCCAGUGCCAGACAAAACGCUCCUGAAAGACUCUGAAAUCAACCAGCCCAAGAAUCCUGAAGAUUUUGGGGGCCCAACUUCAGUAGCUCCUUACCUAAGUCCUAGGAGUCAGCUGUCCACUAAAGUCAGUGCCAUUGGAACUGACCAGUCUGAGAACAUCGGUACUUCAGAUGACACAGAAAACUUAAAACAGAAAAUCUGUGACUUGGAAACUGAGCUUGAGGGCUACCGGAACUUCCUCCUUCAGCUUCAGAAGCACUCCCGGUGCAGUGAGGCCAUUAUCACAGUUUUGUGUGGGACAGAAGGGGCCCAGGAUGGCUCCAUCAAGCCCAAGGGUGGUACUGACGAAGAAGAAAUGACCUUUUCCAGUUUGCACCAAGUACGCUAUGUGAAACACAUGGAAAUCCUCUGUCCGCCGGCCCCGGAGAUGAUGGACGGCGGGAUGCUGGGGAGCCUGGAACAGCAGCGAGGAGAACGGGACUGUGAGCUGCAGAAGGAGCAGACUUUGAACUUGGAACUUUUCAGUGAGAUCCAUAACCUGCAGAAUAAGUUCAGAGAUCUCUCGCCCUCAAGAUACAAUUCAUUAGUGCAGUCCCAAGCCAGGGAGCUCUCCGUUCAGCGGCAGCAGAUUAAGGACAGCCGUGACAUCUGUGUCAUCUGUCGUCAACACAUGAGCACCAUGAUUAAGGCGUUCGAGGAGCUGCUACAGGCCAGCGAUGUGGACUGCUGCGUGGCCGUGGGCUUCCGGGAACAGCUGAACCGCUGCGCCGCGCUGCUGGAGAGGCUGGAGCAGCUGUUUCUCAGUGGGAAAUCAGGAGGAGUGGAAAUGAGCACCCAGAACGAACUGAUAGAGAGGGUGGAGGAAGACAGCUUGACUGAUCAGCAUAUCCUCCCCGGGUCUCCUGAGCCUUCAGCCUCUCACGCCUUGUCUGAUGGUGACACGUCCGAAAAGUCCUCCUGCUCACGAGACCAGAAGCAAGACAGCGAGACCGAGAAGACUUCAGUCACGGUGAACAAUUUUUCUCAAGACCUACUAAUGGAGCAUAUACAAGAAAUUCGAAGUUUGAGAAAACGUUUAGAAGAAUCUAUUAAGACAAAUGAGAAGCUACGGAGGCAGCUGGAACGGCAAGGGUCUGAACUGGAUCAAGGUUCUUCAAACACUUUGGUUUGUGGGUCAGAGCUGCAUAAUUCUCUGACGUCAGAAAUUCGUUUCCUGAGGAAGCAGAACCAGGCCCUCAAUGCAAUGCUUGCCAAAGGCUCCAGAGAUAAACAGAAGGAGAAUGAAAAAUUACGAGAGUCCCUCUCCAGGAAGGCUGCGGACCUCGAGCACCUCCAGCUCGAGUUUGCCGGUGUGAAGGCGGAGAAGGGAAGGCUGCAGCAGGAGGCGGGCCAGUGGCGGAGGCACAGCCAGCAGCUGCUGCAGGAGCUCUGUGACAGCCGCAGCGAGCUGAGCAGGGUGCAGGAGGAGGUGAAGUGGAGGCAGCAGCUGCUCUCACAGAACGACACGGUGCUUCAGUCCCUGCGAGUGGAGCUGAAGGUGUAUGAGAAGCUGGACGAGGAGCACAGGAUCCCCAGAGAGUCCCGAGCAGAGGCAUUGGGAGAAGCCUGGCAGGGGCAGGCCCCUCUUGGUGACCUGCGUGACCUGCUGACGGAGAUCCGGGCUCUGCGGACACAGCUGGAAAGGAGCAUCGAAACCAACAGCACGCUGCAGGGCAGGCUCCAGGAGCAGCUGGCGCAGGGCGGGGGCCAGGCUCCAGAUGCAGCUCUCGCUCUGGCUCUCCAGACCCUGCCCACGCCCGAGCCCCUUCAGCCAGACCAGCACGAUGGUGACAGACAUCCUGUGGCCACUACUGGCAAUUCAUGUGAUCUGUUUGACCCCACCCAGGCGGUGGCUCCGAGAUCAGAGAUUCCUCCACCCUCUAGAAACGACGUGGACUCCCUCUCCCGUGACAGUGGCAGCUCUACCACCAGUGCCCCAUGCGUGUCUCGCCUGGUUCCUGGCCACCACCUGUGGGCCAGCAAGAGUGGCUGCCACGUCCUGGGCCUGAUUGAGGACUACAAUGCCCUGUGUAAGCACAUUGGCCAGGGCCAGAAGCUCCUUGCUGAGAUGGACAUUCAGAUCCAAGAGGAUCCCAGCCCCUCAAGUCAAGAGCAGGGAACAAAGGGUCUGUACCUGGCACCCUGGAGCAGGUUUGUCUCCGGCGUGAGCAGAGCCAAGCUGGCCCUGGAAGAGGCCGAGAGGUUGCUGACGCUUCUCUGGAGGGUCUCACUCCCCACAAGUGGCCAGUGCACACUGCACUGUGAGCAGAUUGGAGAAAUGAAGGCAGAGAUCACCAAACUACAUAAAAGAUUAUUUGAACAGGAAAAGAAGCUGCAGAACACCAUGAAGCUUUUGCAGCUGAGCAAACACCAGGAAAAAGUCAUCUUCGAUCAGUUGGUCGUAACCCACAAAAUCCUUCGGAAGGCCAGAGGAAACCUGGAGCUGAGGCCCGGGGGCGCCCACGCAGGAGCGGCCAGCCCCAGCAGACCAGGCUCCUGAGAGCUCUCAGACAAUAAAGCUGUGGUUCUCCGCCCUC